AUGAAGUGGAGGGAGGGCGACGCGGUCGAAGUGGGCGGGGAUCCAGAGGAGGAGGGAUGGGAGGGCUCAUGGUGGGGCGCGGUUCUCCUCAAGGCCAAAAAGAAGCGGGCGAAAGUGCGGUACGACGAGAUGCUGGAUGAGGGUGGAAAGGACAAGCUGGUUGAGGAGGUGGAUGCCUCGCGCCUGCGCCCCAAGUGCCCGGACGACAGCCUGGCCGUGCCGCUCAGCCGCCGCAUGCCGGGGGACCCCAUCGACUGCUGGCACGAGGACGGCUGGUGGGAGGGCUACGUGCACCGCGUGUUUGACGACCACCUUACAGUCUACUUCCCGGCCUCUCAGGAGGAGUAUGAUGACAUCUACCCUCCAACCCGCCCCAGGCCAGACCCAGAGGCCCACCGCGUGCGCACCGGAAAGAACUGGGAUGCUGAGCAGCAGGCCUGGGUGCCCCGCCCCCGCAGAGCCUUCAAAGGCGCCCGCAACCUGCGCACCGGGCCGCCCGCGGCUGGUGCGGUGGCGCUGGCAGCGGCGCGCCGAGGCGCGCCGCCCAGCAGCAGCAGCAGCAGCAGCGAGGACGAUGGCGAGCCGUUGUUGUCCCGCCUCAGCGCCCAGAAAAGCAAGCAGCAGCAGAAACCGCAGCAGCAGCAGCAACAGAAGCAGCAGCAGCAGCAGCAGAAACAGCAGCAGCAGCAGCAGCAGCAGAAACAGCAGCAGCAGGCGCCCGGCGCCUCCCGGCGGCCGCCGGCUGCAGGGGGGCGGCCACCUAGCCCAGCCGAUGUGGCGGCGAGGGCCGCUGAAAGCCUGCAGCGAGCUGCAGCCGGCGCAGCAGCAGCAAAGUCAAAGAUGGAGGCGGCGAAACCGGCGGCGCCGGCGGCAGCGGCAGCACCAGCAUUGGAGCGCCUUGUAUCGGAGCCUGCGGAAGCGAGCGUGCAGGCCGCCAAGACGAGUGUGGUGGACCUGAUUGCCACCCUGGAUGAUAGCGAGGAGGAUGAGGGAACGGCAGCCCCGCCGCCGGCUGCGGCUGCACCAGCACCGCCCAAGCAGGCAGCCGCCCCUCCUGCCGCCUCUCCUCGGACGGCCCCAGCGGCCCAGCCGCCACCAGCAGCAGGCGGCGCCUCGGCACCGGCGGCGCCGCCGGGACCCGUGCAGGGGCAGCAGCAGGUGCCGGCAGCACAGGAGCCAAUGCCGCAGAAAGGCGUGGGCAAGCCGCCGCCGCAGCAGCAGCAGCAGGCAAAAAAGCGGAAGAAGGAUGCGCAGCCGGACCAGCAGCAGCAGCAGCAGCUGGCGCUGGAGCGGAAGCCUAGCCAGGCGGCGGGCAAGCGCAAGCUGCUGCCUCUGGAGCCUGCAGACUUAGAGUUCAAGACCGGACCUGCAAGGCCGCCGCCGCAGCGGCAGCUGCAGCGCAAGCAGGACGAGCAGCAGGCGCAGCAGGCGCAGCAGGCACAGCAGCAGCCAGACUCUGCCAGGGCAGAGAGGGCCCAGGCAGCAGCGGCGCUGCCGCCUGCCAUGCGUGGCCCUAUCAUGCUGGCCGCCUCUGCCAGCAUUGCGGCCGCAGCGGCGGCAGGAGCCAACCGCAAGGCCGCGCCUGCCGCCAAGCAGAAACGCACGGCUGCCGCGCAGGAGGGCGACGCGCAGCUCAAGCGCCAGCUCAGCGACAGCAGGCUGGACCGUGCGGGCGGAGGAGCGGGCAGGGCUGCCGGCGGCGGCGGCGGUGGCGGCGGCGGUGGUGGCCUGUUCAUCAUCCCAAAGCGAGUGGAGUAUGGCUCGGGAGGUGGCCCCACCCUGGACCCCUCGCCUCGCUCCGCCACCGCAGCAGCCCGCCCGCAGCCCGGCCAGAAGCGGCGGCGCGCGGAGGGCGGCGCGGCGGCGGCCGCGGGCGGCAGGGCGCCGCGGUGGCGGGAUGACGACGCUGCAGCGGCGGCGGCGGCGCCCUCGCCGCGCGUGGCGGGGGCCCCGCCGCCGAUCAUACCAAAGGUGCAGCAGCGGCAGCAGCGGCGGCCGCGGCAGCAGCUUCCUCCUGCAGAGGAGCUGGACUAUGAUCCCGACUUCCCCACCACCUUUUGUCUGGACAACCUGCCUGCCUGCGUCAGCAGCCUGGUACUGGAGGAAGCCCUGGCGGGGCUAGGCCUGCAGGGCUUCAAGAGCGUGCACGUCGUGUCGGUGCCUCUCGACAGCGGCGACCGCAUGGCGGGGUAUGCCGUGCUGCGCUUCCAGUCCCCCGCCUGGGCGCACCGCCAGCUGCGCAGCCUCUGCAUACUGACGCCCACCUGCCCCGUGCCGCGCCCGCUGCUCCUGCACGAGCCACGCAUCAGGAAGGAGUAUGGGUGGGGCCCCGAGGCGCGCCUUCCCGGCCACUUCCCGCUUGAUUAUGCCGCCAACCAGCACUUUGCCCAGCCCAGCAGCAUCGAGUUUGACCUCGCACUGGACUGGCGCCAGCUGCUAGGGGUGCUGGCUGCGGCCAAGCAGGGGCUGUGCCGGGAGCAGGCGGGCGAGCUAGCGCAGCUGCUGGCCGCGUUUGUCAAGGAGAGCGGCCAGCCCGAGCCGAGCCUGGACCUCGGGCGCCUGCUGCUUCCCGGGGAGGCAGAGGCUGCUGCACCACCGGCCGCCGACCCGCCAGCCAGCCACCCCCAACCCUUGUGGCGCAAGGUCUUUCGGCGGGGCAGGGCCGGCGCGGCAGCGACGCCGCCGGCGGACGCCGCGGGGGGCCCGGCCUCGUCCUGCGUGUGGCUGUCGGGCGUGCCGGUGGCGGUGGGGGAGGACACUCUGAAGGAAGUCUUCCGCCAGUUUGGCUUCCCUCAAAAGGCGGUGCUGGUGCUGGAUCCGGUGACCCGGCGCCCCAGCAGCCACGCCGUGCUGUGGAUGGAGUCGCAGCAGCGGGCGCGAGACCUGAACCUGCGUGACAUGGUGUUCAUGCUCAACGGCACGCCGCGCGCCGUGGACGCCACGCUGGCGGUGCCAGGCCCUCCCCGCGGCUCCCAGUCCACCUAUGACAGAGCGCUGCGGUGCGUGUUUGGGGCGGACGACUCGGAGCUGGAAGGCCACAUCAGCUUUGUGGAGGUGCCCGAUGAGCUGCUGCUGGCGGGGGGCGGCGCCAAGCCCGCCGAGCGAGCCGCCAUCUCGCUGCGCCGCCUGCUGCUGGCCCACCGCAAGGAGCAGGCUGAGCUGGCUCGGGAGAAGCAGGUGCGGCAGGCGGAGCUGGAUGAGCGGCAGCGCAAGCAGCUGAACGACGAGCGCUUCAAGCUGGGCCGCCUGGCGCAGAUGCAGCUGCAGAACGGCCCGGAUGGCAAGACCUUGCUGCAGUACCUGCUUGAGAGGCACGGCCUGCGAGGCUUGAAGGUGUAUAGGAACAAGGACGCCGGCAAGCUGGCGGCCAUGGCGGCGGCGGAGCAGCGGCGGCGGGCGAUGGGAGGGACGCAGAGGGACGCGCGGGGGGUGGCGCUGGCGCCGCUGCCGCAGCACCGCGCGCAGGCGCAGCGUGCCGGGUGA